AUGCUAAGAUUAAACACAUUAGAAAAUCAUUCUAGAAAAUUUCUAGAAAAUACAUCAAAAAAUACAUUAAAAAAUGAUGCAGAUAAAAAUCUUAAUAUUCCUCCUUCUUUAAAUGAAAAUAUUUCUUCAUCUUUUAAUUUUCAAAAAAAGGGAGAAAAUUAUUUUUUGACUAAUAAUCUUAAUAAUUCUGUUUAUGAAAAACCUGAGAAUAUCGUGUUUAAAAAAGAAUGUGAUAAAGAAAAAUCAGAAAAAAAAAAAAUUUUCUUAUUUGAUCUGUCUGAAGAACAAAAAGAAGAAGCCGAAAAUUUAAAAAUAAAUAAAAUAAUACAAAAUGAAAUGUAUUUAAAAAAAAAUAAAGUUCUAAAAUACAUAAUUCAAAUAUUUCUAUCAGAUGUAUUAAAAGAAAAACCAGACGAUAUAUAUGAAUAUGCUGCUGACUACUUUACUCAACCUAACUUAAAACAUUAUAUUUUACAAAAAUUAAAAGAUAUGUUAAAUAAAUCUUAA